AUGGACAGAGGGAUGUCCACCGAUGAAGCGGUCAUACUGUUGAGCUCCUUUGCCGUGGCCGACCUGUUCGGGCGACUGGCCUCCGGACUACUGGCGGACAGGCGUUUGGUGCGUAAGAGGAAUAUCAUCUCCAUUUGCAUACUACUCAUCGGUGUCCUAAUCUUCAUGACACCGGCCGCCACCACCUUCAGGGUACUACUGGUCGUGACUAUAGCCCUGGGCUUUGUCAGCGGCGCCAUUAUCGUACUCUUCAGUAUCCUAACCAUGGAGUACGUUGGCCUCAAUCGACUGCCCAUAGCAUUAGGCACGUCGGCGUUCAUUGUGGGCACCAGUACUCUGGGUCGACCUCUGGUUGUCGGCUAUUUUCGGGAUAAUUUUCACUCAUACGACGGUCUCUUCCACUUUGUCGGUGUUUUAGCACUUCUGGCGGCACUCCUGUGGCUGUCGGAGCCGUUCGCCAGGUUAUGGGUCACCAGACGUACCAAAUACGGCUCCGGCUUGGAGACACUGGCGCUGGAGUCAGAAGUGGAGGCAUUGAGGCGCCGGUUGGCUCUCAAAGACAAAGAGCUCAUUGAUUUGGAGAACAAUCUGAUCGAGUCUUUCGCGCAAAGACUCUACUCUUCCGACCAAAGUAUGCGCGAAACGGAUCUCAUGUAUGAGUCGCACGUCGAGGGCCGGCACCACAUGUCCGUCGACUCCCGACAACUGGACUCCGAGGCCAACGAUUUGAGACGUGAAUUGGCGCUCAAAGACAACGAGUUAUCCGAUUUGGCGGCGAUGUUGGCCUCGAAUCGGGAACAGCUGUCGACUCAGAAGAGUUCAUAUGAGACAAUGAUCGCCGAACUCGAGAGCAAAUUGAUGGCAAAUACGGAACAACUCGAGAACCAGAAGAUUACUCUCGAGAGAGCCAUCUCUGAAAUGGAGAACCGAUUGGUCUCAGAGGCGACUGAUUUGCGUCAACAGUUGGCUCUCAAAGACAAUGAGUUAUCGGAUUUGGUGGCGAUGUUGGCCUCGAAUCGGGAACAGCUGUCGACUCAGAAGAGUUCAUAUGAGACAGCGAUCGCCGAACUCGAGAACCAAUUGGUGGUGAAUACGGAACAACUCAUCGACGAGAGGGUGACUCACGAGAGAGUGGUCUCAGUGGCGACUGAUUUGAGGGAACAGUUGGCCGCCAAAGACGGCGAGUUGUCCUCAAAUCUGGAACAGCUGUCGACUCUUAAGACUUCUUAUGAGACAAUGAUCGCCGAACUCGAGAACCAGAAGAUAUGUCACGAGAGAGCCAUCUCUAAGAUGGAGAACCGAUUGGUCUCAGAGGCGACUGAUUUGAAGGAACAGUUGACCGCCAAAGACGGCGAGUUGUCCUCAAAUCAAGAACAGCUGUCGACUCUUAAGACUUCUUAUGAGACAAUGAUCGCCGAACUCGAGAACCAAUUGAUGGUAAAUACGGAACAACUCAUUGACGAGAGGGUGACUCACGAGAGAGUGGUCUCUGAGAUGGAGAGCCGGUUGGUCUCAGAGACGACUGAUUUGAGGGAACAGUUGGCCGCCAAAGACGGCGAGUUGUCCUCAAAUCUGGAACAGCUGUCGACUCUUAAGACUUCUUAUGAGACAAUGAUCGCCGAACUCGAGAGCAAAUUGAUGGCAAAUACGGAACAACUCGAGAACCAGAAGAUUACUCUCGAGAGAGCCAUCUCUGAAAUGGAGAACCGAUUGGUCUCAGAGGCGACUGAUUUGCGUCAACAGUUGGCUCUCAAAGACAAUGAGUUAUCGGAUUUGGUGGCGAAUUUGGCCUCAAAUCAGGAACAGAUGUCGACUCUUAAGACUUCUUUUGAGACAAUGAUUGCCGAACUCGAGAACAAAUUGAUGGCAAAUACGGAACAACUCAUCGACGAGAGGGUGACUCACGAGAGAGUGGUCUCUGAGAUGGAGAGCCGGUUGGCCGUCAAAGACAAGGAGACGAUCGAUGAGCGCAACCAUUAUAGGGAACAACUCGAAGCCCUGAAGGCCUCUGAAUUGGUGUCCAAAGCGGAGACACUGGCGCUGGAGUUAGAAGUGGAGGAAUUGAAGAACCAAUUGGCUCUCAAAGACAAGGAGACGACCGAAGAGCGCAACCAUUACACGGAACAACUCGAAGACCUUAAGACCUCUGAAGCGGUGUCCAAAGCAGAGACACUGGCGCUGGAGUCAGAAGUGGAGGAAUUGAAGAACCGAUUGGCCGUCAAAGACAAGGAGACGAUCGAUGAGCGCAACCAAUACAGGGAACAACUCGAAGACCUGAAGGCCUCCGAAUCGGUGUCCAAAGCGGAGACACUGGCGCUCGAGUCAGAAGUGGAGGCAUUGAAGAGCCAAUUGGCGCUCAAAGACAGGGAGACGACCGAAGAGCGCAACCAUUACACGGAACAACUCGAAGACCUUAAGACCUCUGAAGCGGUGUCCAAAGCAGAGACACUGGCGCUGGAGUCAGAAGUGGGGGCAUUGAAGAGCCAAUUGGCUCUCAAAGACAAGGAGACGACUGAUGAGCGCAACCAUCACAGGAAACAACUCGAAGACAUGAAGGCCUCGGAAACGGUGUCCAAAGCGGAGACACUGGCGCUCGAGUCAGAAGUGGAGGCAUUGAAGAACCGAUUGUCCCUCAAAGACAAAGAGACGAUUGAUGUGCGCAACCAUUACAGGGAACAACUCGAAGACCAAAAGUUUAACUUCGAGGAGAAGAUCGUCGAAUUGGAGACUAAACUCGAGUGCAAAGAGUUGGAGACAGAGAUCGAGACAUUGAAGCAGACGUUAGCCGCGAAAGAGACUGAACUGAAAGCCGUUUCGGAACCUCUGGAAGCGCUGGAGUCGGAGCUGAACGCCACGAAACAGCGCUACGACGGACUCGUGUCGAAGUUGUCGUCGUUGGAGACCAUAAACUUGGAUCUCAAGACGGAACUGGAGUUUCUCACGCAACAGGCGACCAAAUCGCGCGAUUUGGAGAAAAAGAUACAGGAGUUCGAGGAGCAGAAGCGCCUGAAGGGCCGCAACUUCGAGCUGAUCCUCAACCAGGCGAAGGUCUGGGAGAAGAAGUUGUUGACCGUCGAGGCGGACAAAGAGUCGCUGGAGAGCCGACUCCAAGACAUUCAGACGGAGAACCAGAAGCUGAACGACGAGCUGACGGUAUAUCUCGAUCGGUGUCGUGAGACCCGAUCGGAGCUGAAGAGCGAGAAAAUGAAAAGCGAUUCAAUGUUGAGUCAGUGGCGGUAUUAUAGGGUUCAGCAUAAGAAGAUCCGCAGAGACAUGAAGCGGAUCUGCGGCGACAUCGAUGGCAUUCUUCAGGAGUCGACCGACGCGUGCGAUUUGAAACAGUUUAUGGUAUCGCUUAAGAAAAAAUUCAGUGGCGAAGAGAGCGAUGACGAGGAGGAGGAGAACGAAGAGAUUUGCGACAAAACGAAAGCCAAUGCCAGGAGUGAUAGGAAACAGCCGUUGGGCUCAUCUAAUCACCAAUAG